AUGGUUAUGGAAUUGAGUGAAAAAAACACCGAAAAUUUAGGUAGUUGGAAUAAAAAAGACUUCUUAGCUUUGAAGAAUACUCUAAACAAAUUUAUCACACAUAUCCGUUUCUUCGAAAUUUCUUCAAAUGAUUUUCAUAGUAAGAUUUGGCCCUUUAAAAAAGUUUUACCUCGAGCACUCUUUGAAGAUAUUGUGUCGUUUCACAUGUCAAAUACUGAGUCCAAGCAAUAUAAAUUAUUUCCCCGUUAUAAAAAAAUUCCUAAUGAUUCAAUGAUCAUUAAACCAAAACAUGCGGUUGUCCUUACUAACUGGAUUCAAAGAAAAGAUGCUAAUGCGAGAAUUCCAAGGGAUAAAAAAUAUAAUUAUGACCUUAUUUAUCGUGGAAGUAGAGAUGGACAUGAUAUCAAUACGAUACGUAGUAUGUGUAAUGGACAGGGAGCAUGUGUUCUGAUUAUUAGAACUAAAGAAAAUAAAACCAUAAUUGGUGGUUAUAAUCCAUUUGGUUGGAAUUAUAACCAAAAUCAAGGUUACCGUAAUGAUGAUUAUGAUGGGUAUUAUGAAGAGUAUGAGUAUAAUGAUUAUGAUGGUGAUGGAAAUGAUUUGAAUAAUUUUAAAAUUAGUCAAGUUAUGUAUAGUAAUUAUGCAAUUUAUGAAUCGAAUUAUCAAAAUUUACCAUUAAAUUUUGGCAAUAGUGAUUUAGUUAUCAAUGAAAAUGCUGGCACAUGCAAUCAAGCUCAAUAUGAAAAUUUGAACGAGCAAAAUGGUUCUGAUAUCCUUGACCUUAUUAUCGCAUCUGAUGAAUUACUUCUUGAUGAAUUGGUCACAUCUGUACAAGAAUAUCUGAUUAAAAAUCAAACUGAAUGGUUACAAGAAAAUUUUUAUAGAAUCAUACACACGGUUUUUCAACUAGAAAACUGUAAACAGCUCCAGAAUUAUUUUUUUGAAAUCAUUUGUAGCGAACCGGAACCGUUUUUUAAUUCUCCGGAUUUUCUAAAAUUAGAAGAAAGUAUCGUGCUUGAAUUAGUUAAAAGAGCAGAUUUGCAAAUUGAUGAGAUUGAAUUAUGGAAUUUUCUUAUUAAAUGGGGAAUGGCUCAAACUUCGGUAUUGAGAGAAAAGGAUGCGACGAAUUUAUGUGAUUGGAGUGAAAAUGAUUUUAUGGAAUUAGAAAGUGCUCUUAAUCAAUUUAUCGAAUAUAUCCGAUUCUGUGAAAUCUCUUCAAAAGAAUUUUAUAGUAGGGUUUGGCCUUUUAAGAAAGUGUUACCUGAGACACUCAUUGAAAAUAUUGUGUCAUUUUACAACGAAAAUACUACAAAUAAUCAAAAUAAUCUGAUUCCUCGUCUUGGAAAUGUUGCUAUUGGCUCAUUAAUUAUCCAACCAAAACAUGCGGCCAUCAUUUCAAACUGGAUUCAAAGGAAAGAAUUUAACGCGAGAAUUCCGAAGGGUAGUAAAUAUCGUUUUGACUUGGUUUAUCGUAAAAGUAGAGAUGGUCAUGAUAUUAAUACUAUACGUAGAGAGUGUAAUGGACUUGGUGCAUGUGUUUUGAUUAUUAAAACUAAAGAGGAUCAUUCUAUAAUUGGAGGAUAUAAUCCUCUUGGUUGGAAUGAUUGUAAUCUGAAUACUUAUAAUACUUAUGAUGAUAAUUCCAGUAGUUAUAAAUAUAGUAAUUAUUAUUACUGGGCUAAUACUAGUGAAAGUUUUAUUUUUUCAUUAGGUAAUGGAAGAAAUUUGAAAAAUUUUAAAAUAAGUCGAGUUGUAGAUUAUUGUAAUGCAAUAUAUGAAUCGAAUCAUCGAAAUAUAUCAUUAAAUUUUGGAAAUAGUGAUUUGGUUAUCAAAGAUGAUACUGGUCUUUGUAAAGUAGAUUAUUAUGAGAGUCGAAUUUUAGAUUCAAUUAAUUUUACUAUUGAAGAAAUGGAGAUUUUUAGAUUUUAUCAAUCCGAAUAA